AUGGGAAGAACAAUAGAACUAUCUUCUGAUUCGGGAACAGCAACAGAACCCCUUACUGACAUUAGCACCCCAAUUGAAACUGGUUCCUCAACCGAAAUUCCUAGUAAAACUAGCACAGCAACAGAACAUUCUACUAACACUGGCACAACAGAAAUAACUACAGUGAUUUGCAUGGUAAUGGAAUCUAUUACUGAGUCUGACACCACAACAGAAUAUGUUACUGAAAUUGUCACUACAAUAGAAUCACCAACUCAAACUGGCACAGAAAUACCAACUGAAACUGACACCACAACAGAAAUCGCUACUGAAAUGAGCACAGAAACAGAGCCACCUACUGACACUGGCACCACAACAGAUAUUUCAACUGAAACUGACACUACAACAGAAACCCCUACUGAAAUGAGCACAGAAACAGAACCACUUACUGACACUGGCACCACAACAGACUUUCCAACUGAAACUGGCAAUGCAACAGAAGAACCUACUGAAACUGACACUAUAACAGAAACCCCUACUGCAAUGAGCACAGAAACAGAACCACCUACUGACACUGGCACCACAACAGAUAUUCCAACUGAAACUGACACUACAACAGAAACCCCUACUGAAAUGAGCACAGAAACAGAGCCACUUACUGACACUGGCACCACAACAGACUUUCCUCCUGAAACCAGUACUGGAACAGAAGAACCUACUGAAACAGGCACUGGAACAGAAGAACCUACUGAAACUGACACUACCACAGAAACCUCUACUGAAAUGAGCACAGAAACAGAACCACCUACUGACACUGGUACCACAGCAGACUUUCCAACUGAAACCGGUACUGGAACAGAAGAACCUACUGAAACUGAUGCUACAACAGAAACCCCUACUGAAAUAAGCACAGAAACAGAACCACUUACUGACACUGGCACCAUGACAGACUUCCCAACUGAAACUGGCACUGCAACAGAAGAACCUACUGAAACUGACACUAUAACAGAAACCCCUACUGAAAUGAGAACAGAAACAGAGCCACUUAGUGACACUGGCACUAAGACAGACUUUCCUCUUGAAACCAGUACUGGAACAGAAGAACCUACUGAAACUGGCACUGGAAGAGAAGAACCUACUGAAACUGACACUACAACAGAAACCCCUACUGAAAUUAGCCCAGAAACAGAACCACCUAAUGACACUGGCACCACAACAGACUUUCCUACUGAAACCGGUACUGGAACAGAGGAAACUACUGAAACUGGAACUGGAACAGAAGAACCUACUGAAACUGGCACUACAACAGAAACCCUUUCUGAAAUGAGCACAGAAACAGAACCCCCUACUGAUACUGGCACCACAACAGUCUUUCCUACUGAAACUGGCACUGGGACAGAAGUACCUACUGAAGCUUUCUCUACUACAGAAAUCCCUACUGGUAUGAACACAGAAACAGAACCACCUACUGACACUGACACCACAACAGACUUUCCAACUGAAACUGGCACAGCAACAGAAGUACCUACUGACACUAGCACCACAACAGACAUUCCUACUGAAACUGGCACUACAACAGAAAUCCCCACUGAAAUGAGCACAGAAACAGAACCACCUACUGACACUGGCACCACAACAGACUUUCCAACUGAAAGUGGCACUGCAACAGAAGUGCCUACUGAAACUGACACUACUACAGAAAUCCCUACUGGUAUGAGCACAGAAACAGAACCCCCUACUUACACUGGCACCACAACAGACUUUCCAACUGAAACUCAGACAUCAACAGAAGUACCUACUAAAACCGAUAUUACAACAGAAAUUGCUACUGAAAUAAGCACAGCAACAAAAAAAACCAUUGAAACCACAACAAGAACAGAAACACCUGGUGAAAUUGGCACAACAGAAGCAAAAACAUUGGAAACCUCUUACACAACUACAAGUCCAAUCAUAGUUCCUUUCACAGCAACUACCACAACAGAUCCCAGCACUACCUCUCUAACCAUGACAACUCAGACCACGACAUCUCCCACAGAACCAGCUCUUAUCACAACAUCUCUCAUAACAACUCAGAACAUAACAACUUCAAGCACAGUCACCACCGUUACCCCAACCUCAACAAUUCCCACCACAACCACUACCUUAACUUCAAAUGGACCAACUGCUCGUAAGUAA